UCUCUUCUUUCUCUUUCGUCUGACGAGAGAGAGUCUCAAAUAUCCAAAAACGCGAAGAAUCAUAGACAGGACAGAACUGAACAGAACAAGUUCACAUUAAAGUUUAAACACACUAACACCGAACUCGCUUCAUCCAUUCCGUCAUUUAUUUUUCUUCAUUAUUCUUUUCCACUUUUCCUAUUUUACCCUGCAUCCACGCCGCACCGUAACAUCUCCCCUGUAACGGCUCCACCAUAAGGCACGUGCCGCGCGUGGUUGGAGCUUCGUCCCUCUCCUGCAAACCUAAUCGACCAUGGAAGGUGGCGCGUCGCCGAGUUGCCGUUGCUGAAACGGACCGAUCCGAGUCGAUUCGUAGGGUUCGGCGAUUCCAUUGAAUGAUGAGAGGGAGCUGGUUCUUGAAGCGGCGUCCGGAGCAGAGGUUCCGGUUGUUGGCGGCUUCCGCCGUCAAAUCUGCCAGGAUCAACCUCCUCCUCUGCUGUUGUAUUGCUUUGGUGCUCAUCGUACUCGCCACCACCAUUUCCACCUUCGUCGUGUUCUCUGAUCUCCCUCCUUCGCUUCCUCGCUCCCAUGCUUCGGGAAAAGGAUAUUCUAUUGUAAUGAACACAUGGAAGAGAUAUGAUCUCCUAAAGCAGUCCAUCGCACAUUAUUCAUCCUGCCCUCGACUUGAAUCGGUACAUAUAGUUUGGAGUGAACCGGAUCCUCCUUCAGAUGAUCUUUUAAAAUUUCUUCUUCAUGCAAUACAGUCCAAGUCUAUAGAUAGGCGACAAGUGAAAUUGAAGAUUGAUAUCAACAAGGAAGAUAGUCUGAAUAAUAGAUUUAAAGUAAUUAAGGAUUUGGAGACAGAUGCUGUCUUUUCUAUUGAUGAUGAUGUCAUAUUUCCUUGCUCUUCAGUGGAAUUUGCAUUUGAUGUUUGGCAAAGUGCUCCAGAUACAAUGGUUGGGUUUGUACCUCGGGCACAUUGGUUGGAUUCAUCGGAAAGUGGUGGCAUUAAAUUUAGAUAUGCGGGGUGGUGGUCUGUGUGGUGGACAGGUACAUAUAGCAUGGUACUUUCAAAGGCAGCUUUCUUCCACAAAAAGUAUUUCAGUGUCUACACGAAUGAGAUGCCAGCAUCAAUUAGAGAAUAUGUGACUCAUAAUAGGAACUGUGAAGAUAUUGCAAUGUCUUUCCUCGUUGCAAAUGCCACUGAUGCACCCCCAAUAUGGGUCCAAGGUAAAAUAUUCGAGAUUGGAUCCACCGGGAUAAGCAGCUUGGGAGGGCACAGUGUAAGAAGAACAGAAUGUGUCAAUAGAUUUACUGCUGUAUAUGGGCGGAUGCCCUUGGUAUCUACUUCAGUGAAGGCUGUUGAUAGCCGUAACAUCUGGUUUUGGUGAGUUACUGGAUUUUCGAUUUUCUUGGAAUGUUAGAAAUUAUUCCACCGUCUUACAGUUAGCUAGUAGAGUAACCCGAUUCUUGAUAGUUAAAUAGCUGUAUAAUAUCGAAUUUUAGCAGGGAGAGCAAACUAAGAACAUUGCUUAGCUUGAUUUCUUGUAUUAUUGGCUUGUAAUACAAGAUUACCGAGUCUAUUUUUGUCUCAUCAUAUAGAUUUCGAUUGUAGAGUUAAUAUUAUACCCUCAUCCAAGAAACUCCAUCCUAUUUUUGUGUAUCUUUGUAUUUAAAGACAAAUCCCAGAGAUGGUGAGUGUAAUUUACUCCAUACCCUUCCCUCCCUCCUCCUCUCGCUUUCUUUUGUCUGUACCUCUUUUGUCAUGGGAUAAAAGGUGUGAUGAAACAUAGACAAAUGAACAAAAUAAAGUCUCGAUUGAUAACAACUAA